UGUAAAGUAGCGUAGCCAACCUGUGAGAAAUGAUUUGCAUCAACCCUGUCAUCGAAGUAUAUGCAAAAACAGAUUCUAACUGGAAUCCGUUCUCAGAGUAGGGAGAUGUCUCAGCUGAGCGUCCGACGCUGGACCCCCAAACAUGUUGCCAAGUGGCUGAAGGAGGAGGGCUUCUGUGACUACGUGGACCUCCUGUGUAACACUCACCGUCUGGACGGCACCAGCCUCUUGACCCUGAGCGAAUACGACCUCCGCUCUCCCCCGCUGGAGCUCAAGGUGCUGGGGGACAUCAAACGCCUGAUGGUGUCCCUCCGCAAGCUCCAGAAACAGAACUCGGACAUCCUAGAGGAGCUGGGCUUGCCCUUCGACGGGCACUCGCCCACCGGCAACGGUGGGGGUGACUGGCACUACAACGGAGACCCCACCGCGGACUGCGAUCACGCCAGGACAGCUCCUGUGGGCGAGGAGUACCACCAGUACACCAACGGGAAGUACAAGCAGCAGACGAGACGUCUGGACCCCGAGUACUGGAAGACAGCCCUUAGCUCCGUAUACGUGAUGUUUGUGUUCGGAUUCACUUCCUUCGUCAUGGUCAUAGUGCAUGAGAGGGUGCCGGACAUGCGCACCUACCCACCCCUGCCAGAUAUCUUCUUAGACAGUGUUCCUAGAAUCCCAUGGGCCUUUGCCAUGGCCGAGGCAUGUGGAGUCAUUCUUUGCAACAUUUGGCUGGUGGUCCUGCUACUACACAAGCACAGGUCAAUCCUGCUGCGUCGCCUGUGCAGCCUCAUGGGAACAGUGUUCAUGUUGCGCUGCAUCACCAUGUUCGUCACGUCCCUGUCGGUGCCUGGACAGCACCUGCAGUGCUCAGGAAAGAUAUAUGGUGAUGUGUGGGCCAAACUACAUCGAGCUGUGGCCAUCUGGACUGGGUUUGGAAUGACCCUUACAGGAGUCCAUACAUGUGGUGACUACAUGUUCAGUGGUCACACUGUGGUCCUAACAAUGCUCAACUUCUUUGUCACUGAAUACACUCCAAGGAGCUGGAACUUCAUUCACACUUUAUCUUGGGUCCUAAAUUUGUUUGGCAUCUUCUUCAUUCUGGCUGCCCAUGAACACUACUCAAUCGACGUGUUCAUCGCGUUUUACAUCACUACCAGACUCUUCCUGUACUACCACACUCUGGCUAACACGCGAGCUUACCAGCAAAGCCGCCGCGCUCGCAUCUGGUUCCCCAUGUUCUCUUUCUUCGAGUGCAACGUCAACGGGCCAGUGCCGAACGAGUACUGCUGGCCUUUCUCUCGACCCACGGCCAUGAGGAGAUUCAUCAGGUAGGGAGAACACAGCAGCCCAGGGAGCAGACGGCUGCUCUCUCCACAGUCGCCAACGUGGGUAUAUGAUGUUUUUCAUUUACAAUAGUUAAGAAACUGUUGAAAUGGCUUGCAUGAUCGUGAUCCUUGUCGUGCCAUGGUCUUGACAGGAUAUGGAUGAGCCAAACCCCCUUAUGUUAUGUGACUUGUGCUACCUCUGCUGGCAUGUUGAAAGGGAUUAAACAAUUUCUGUCGACUCUGGGGUUUGUUAGAAAGUGUUCACCUUCUCCCUUAUUUUACUUGAAAAGUGAACUUAUUGGGGUAGGUUAUGGUUGUUGUUUGUUUCUAAGGAAUGGAAUUGUGAAAAUAUUCUCCACUCCUCUCUAUACGAAGUGCAUUGCAAAGCUGGGAGCAUCUUUAUAUGCAGAGUCUUAAGAUUAAAACAAAUCUAGAAGACUUGGUGGUGGCAGUCGUGAUGGUUUGGGACACCAUGAAAAAUAUAUUCUCAGGCACCAUAUGUAACCAAAUACCUUAUUUUGAAAUCAGUAUGAAUAGUUGACAUCCAUGAUUAUACAAUUGUAUAAUCAUUAAAACAAAUUAUUUUCUAAAGACUAGAUUCUUUGUCAGCAUAUAUGGUAUUUAAAUGUUUCUGACUCAAUGACUCAAGCUUUUAUCUUAAUAUGGACCACCUAAAAGCAAUAGUAGAAACAUGAUCUAUGUAAAGUGUUGCUAAAUUUCUUAAUAUGAAAAUGUGUUAACAUGACAUUCAAGUUGUUGAAACAUAUAUUACUUUAUUACUGCUGGCUAUUAUUAUGGUUGUAAGGGAGUGCAAAAAUACAUCAUUUCAAAUUAAGCAAUGGUAGUUUUAACAGUAUUACCUGAAUGUUGAAUGCUUGAUUUCUAACCUGUUCUUAUAGUACAGAAUAUGGUAUUUUGGUUUCUUUCAUUUUGGUAGUAUACCUUGAUCCAAGCAGAUCUUAGAGAAAGAGAGCCAUUACCAGUGUCAUUUCAAAAACAGCCAAAAAUGGAAUGAGAAAGUGUACAAUUGUGUUUAAAUCAUUCCAUUUGCCAACUACUUUAGGUGUAAAAAUAAAUGUGUAUUCAUAGGAAAAGCAUAUUUGAUGAGAUGUUACAUAUUGUGGAGUUGUUUAGCUUGUAACAUUGAGUAUUAAGUGAGCAGACUUCAUGACAGGUUUACACUAUACGUAUAUUAAUCAACAUAUUUUCUCAAAUUGUUUUAGCACCUUCACAGAUCCCUCAUAUUCCAAUGUAUUAUUAUAUUAAUGUCUUAAUUUAUUUCACUUUGGAUAUAUCAAUAGUUAUUUUUUUAUAUUUCAUGUACUAAGUUUUUGCAACAUGCACUUGAACAAAAAUAUGUUUACAGUUGCUUAUAACUAUGUGUAUGUUUGAAACACAAUGUGCUUUGAUUAUCAAGAUUGAUCUCAGAUGUUCCUCUCAUUAGAAAAACAACAAAAACAACAGCAUUAACACACUUGAACUGGUAUUCAUGGGUGUGCAUGUGAGUGUAGAUAUGACCAAUACUUUAAACGUGUUCUUGUGUUGGUUUAGUCCAUCACGUAAACACAUCUCAAAUUUAAAGUACAGUCAUUCAUGUCACCUUGUUAACCAUUAUAGUCUUGGAUCCCCAGCUCAUGAGUUCUAGCUAAUUGCAAAUAACUGCUAAUGUUAGACACAUAUGUUGUUAUAGCUCUUAUAUUUGUGGUUCUGCGUUUGGUGUAGUGUUCAGAACAACAGUUUAGGACUAUAGUUUUACUACAGGAUGUUGAAUUCAGUCAUUUCCUACCAAUGUAAUAAAAAUGUAGCAAUGUUGUGGCUUAGUUGUCGUGCCAGUUGAUGGCAUACUUCUCUUCCAUCAUUAAACUGAAUUUA